AUAUUCAGUUUAGAAACCUCAAAACUUUAUACUCUUUUUAUUUUGUACCUUUACUCCUUUUGCUCUCUGUUUUUACCUUUUAGAUGCUUUGAUUUCUUUUUAACAGCCAUUCUAAAAUAAGCAACUUCUUUAUAUUUAUCUUCAUUUUAUUGUAUAAACCGUAAAGACGGUGCAUGUUUGUAUAAACGAGUGUGUUGUGCAGAAGGAAGGUAGAAAGAGAGAGUAGGCAGAAGCUGACCAUCCACCCACAUCUUUCACUCUUAUUGGUCGAUCAUUUCUCCAUUCCGAAAUGAUGGUGGGCUAUAUAAAUCAAAUGCAAUGAAAUUUUCAUGUACACGCUCUUCUUUUCUCUUAGUGAACUGAUUUAAUCAGCCUGAUCGAAGAAGAGAGCAAGCAGAAAUGGAAAUUAUUUGUCCAAAGAUUUUCAUCUGGAUUAUGAUUAUUUUUCAAUCAUUUUUCAUUCAAUGGAUGGAAAGCAGUCCAAUACUGAAAUCAUUAGAUGCUUCAGAAGAUUUUAAACAAAUUCACAAAAUGGAUAACAAUAAAUCUAAGAAAAUAUUUGAAAAUUAUAGAAAUAAAAGAACUGAGGCUAAGAAAGACAAUAAGCAGAUUCUGGUUAUAGAUGUUUCAAAUCUGGACCAAGGAAAACAGGAAGCUCCAAAUGAGAAACCAAAAUUCCUUCCAAUUGACAUAUCAGUAUUAUCCAAUCCAGAUCCUUUUAACAACCCCAAGAGCACUGAUGACUCUGGCAAUUUUUUUUUAAACAGAAAUGACAAUCAACUAUUUGAAGAUUUUUCUGAAAGUCUCAACAAAAAUGAUAUUCAAUCUUAUCCAGUACAUAGCCCCAAUCUACCCAGUGCAUUUUCAGAUGAGAUGUUGUCACUUCAAACAAAUACUGUACCAUUAAUACCUUCGCCUCUUCAUGAUUAUGUUACAGAUCUAUUUGCCAGCAGAGAUGCAGCACCUAAUUUCUUAUCUUUUCCACCAAAUAUAGCAAAUGAUAUGGAAAUAAAUUUGGAGGAGAAAAACCUUCCAAGUUUCUUAUCAUUAUUAAAAGGUUCUUCCAAGAAAAAAAGUUUGUCCAGAAAAUUUAAAAACGUGAAAUAUAACAGAUCUUCAUUUAAGAAGUAG